GGGAGGGCUAGAUGACGGAGCGAUAGACAGUGGAAAGAGAAUUACGGUGUGAAAUAAUAUCGGAGCUAUGGUUUAUGAGCUGAAAUAAAGAUCAAGAGCCAGAAGAAAACAACCCUUCUCUGCAUUCGAAAAUGAGGUACUAACAGGACCCAAGAUGUCUAUAAAUUAACAGGCUUCUUAGACAAUUUCCCAAAAAGUGGCACAUAUAAAGCUUUCCCACCAUGCACCCUUCCUCUCGCCCAUCCGUGCCCCCUCGUUCCCGAAGAUUUGACAAUAGGCACAUAGAGGCAAAACCAAGCCAAGGGACUAAGAGAGAGGACAAAAACAUGAACCCUGCAUCAUCUCGUCGUGGCACUCGAGGACCACCUGAGACUUCCAGGUUAAAGGGCCCCAGUCAAGGUCCACGAGCCCCAGUAGUUCAGCCCAAAUUGUUUCGUUCACAAAAGAUUGGUGCUCACGCAAUAUCAGCAAUCUCAAAACCAAAAAGUGGACACACUGUAUCAAAUAUUGCCCCAGCUGUGGAUCCAAACUGCAACGAGCCCAGCCUACCUUGUUUGUGUUGUGAUGGCCAUUCACCUCAGGAUAGUAACAGCCUUUUUAAUCACAACCAUAACAAUAAUAACACUGUAACCAUCAGGCAACAAAUGAAACUACCACCACCUCCACCAACUCACAAGGAUAAAUUGGCUAUUUUAAAACACGAUGUCAAAGAUGAGUGCAAGCCAGAAGUAAAGCAACCUCAUGCCAUUCCAGUGGAGGAGAGAGAUGAAGAAAAUGGCAAUGUGGAUGCAAAAGAUGGAGAUGACCUCAAGAACGGUGAAAACAGUGUGAAUGGCAACAUUGAUGUGAAUGGAAACGGCAAUGGUGGUGAUGAUGACGAUGAUGAUGAAGAUGAUGAUACUCUUGUUCCUUCUUCUUGCAAUUGCCCAGAAUCCAUGCUGGACUUCUCUCUUACAUCUUCUACCUCAUCUUCUUCCACAUCCAUUAGCAGCUGUUCAGAUCUGGAGUGUGACUUCCCUGAUACAUUUUCACUGUCAUCACAGGAUCAAGAGGUCCCUGAUCCAUCUUCUGAUUCCCCCGUCUCUCAUUGCCCUGCCUUUGAGACCAGUGUUUUACCAUUGGAUGACAACACUUCUGCAAGACCACCAUUUUCUCUUUGCUCGCCUGAUGAAGGCUAUCCCUCAGCCCCAUCCUCCCCCUGCUCUGACUACACAGACAGAAAGGCAUCAGAAGGAAAAUGUAUUAAAGUAAAUCUCCUUAAUUUUUUAGACUCAAUGGAAGAGUUAGGCAAAGUGGAUCUGUUCUACCGCAUUGUUCAUUUGGCACGUUGGGAAUUGGACAAUGAGCUGAUUGUCAGAGAUAGGAUGGAUCACCAACAGAAGCUUCAGAGGGUCAACAAAGAAGUGAAAUUGGCUUAUCUUGUGAAACUUCAGGAAGAAGGAUUGGACCUUAAUAAUGAGGAUAUUCCCAGAGUUUUGGAUGAAAUGGAAAAUACUGAAAUUCCAUGGAAAUUGUAUAAAAGCAACAAAUCGUGUGAUUCCCAGGAAUUUUCUGAUGCAGGGGUGGAUCUAACAGCCCCUUCUGACUUUGAUGAAACCCCUGUCCUUGAUUCUCUGGCUUCGUCACCACUGGAUCUUGUUCCCCCUCCCAGGCCCCCAAAACCUCCAAAAAGGCAUGUAAGUGCCCAGCCAGAAUCUCACAUAUACAAGAACAUCAGCGGACAGGUUUUCUCAGUAUUGUCCACCAAUGAAACUAAUACUUUUUCAACAGUUGUGUCUGAUCCUACAUUGUCAUCUUCACCCCCAACCUCAAAACCACCUGCACUUCCUCCUCCUCCAUCACAGCCUGUGCCCUACUUUACUCUAAAUACAGACUCAUCCACUCUCAUCUCCCCCACACCACCCAUUCCACCUCCUAGAAGACGUCAUAAGGCCCGUCUAGAGGCCCAGAGGCUUGCUGAGCUUAAAGGAGAAAAGACCACCCAGUCCCUUCCACCUCCAAUUUCCAGACCUCCUCCACUGCCACCUCCGCCUGCCUUGACCACACCUCCAGCUAUUCCACCUCCACCAUCGCUCCCACCCCCUCCGUCUUUUCAUGCAUUGGAUGUAGAAAUCCGAAAGUUGCUUGCACUGGCAGGUCUUACCCAAGCUGAAUUGCUUAAACUCAGUCCAGAGUUGGGAGUCUGCGUAGAUGUUGUUCUGGAGAAUGAGAAACAGUCAGCAUCCGAUAUCUCUGAGGUGGGAGAACUUAGAUCAAACAGUACACAAAAGAAAGAUAGAGAGGGUGUGAAUGAGGAGUUGGAUUCCAGAUUGAGAGAGGGAACUAGAUUUGGGAAAGUCAGAUCCUCAAGUGCAAAGGAAUUAGAUGCACUCAAUGAAGAGGAAGAUUCAAAAGAAGAGCAGAAAGAUGCACACAGAACAACAACCUUCACGGAAAUGGCAAGACGACGUAAGAGAAACAGUGGAAACUGUAAUUAUAGCUGCAGCUGUACAUUUGGAUCCGAUCUCACUUUACCUUCCAAUGCCUAUUACAGUACUGGACUUAGCAGUGCAGACAUUCCAGAUGUUAGCUUUGGGAAUUUUGAUUAUACUUCAGCAAUUUCUGACACCCCUCCUCCUCCACCUCCAAGACCUUUGCCCCCUCGUCCACCAAUAGUCUCCAAUCCUUCUGAACUUCCUCGUCUCAAGCCAUGCACUGUACCUGCCAAUGCCUCUCGUCCAGAAAGAUUUGACUGGCUGAUAGCUUUCACCCCAGAUACAGAGUCUCCACCCCUUGAGAAGCAAAAACCAUCCAAUGAUGACACGUUACACAAAUCAACUUCAGGCUUAAAAGUCACAACCUUUAAAGAACUACGCAAUAGAAGCAAGCAGGGUUUACCACCAGCCCAUGUUCUAUCAGAACCUGAUCCAGCUGUAGUGACCCCAGAUCCGGAUUUUCUGUACAACCUCAAAUGGAGGAGAGAGAAGAUUGAUGGAGAUGGCUGGGAAUAUACUUCCCAAGCCCAAGCCUCUUUUCUCCAACCACCACCCACUCCUGCCUCAUUGUCCCUUUUCAGGGAAAUGUGCCACCUGAAUAUACAAGACCGGCAGAGUCCAGCAGAACCCAAAGCUUUCCAACAAAUUGGAUGUUCAGUCAGUGAUGGCAGCCUAAGGACUAUUUGUGAUGAAAGAUAUAAAGAGGGUCAACCCAAAAAGAUGGAAGAUGGAGAGAAAGUAGAAGUUAGAGGAAUGGCAGAUGGAGCAUGGACCUUUGAAUCAAGGACAACAGUUUCCUCACCUCCCCUGUCUCUGUCCACGUCUCACCCCUUGACCUCACCUUAUUUCCUGCAUUCUGGUCCCAUGUCACAAGCCUCACAGUUGUACCACACUGACUCUAACAGGGAUCAUGCUGUGCAUCAAUGCGAGGGUUCCACAAACAUUUCAAAACCAUCAUGCAUAAAUUCCACCUUUAACCCUAGCAGAAAAUAUACUGACUAUACAGAUUCCCUGUACUGUACUGAUACAGAAAACAAUGCGUUUUUGUUCUAUAACCAAGGAAAUGACUUCAAUGCUAACGUGGAUUCAUUGUAUCAUGAGUGUAAGCAUAGGAACAGCUUUCUGGAUUCUUUGUACUUUUACGAACAUGAUUCAGAAAAUAAGAAAUCCAACUCUGUGUAUAACAAUGAAUUAGAUUCAACAAAAAAUGACGAGUCUCUUUAUUACAAUGAAACAUACAAAAGAAACACCCUAAAGCUUUUCACAGACCCAGAACCACCAACUUACAUUAACACACUUAAUGACGGUGACAUAACACCAUAUAAAAACAUUGACAUGGAAAGCUACAUAACAAUGCGAAAGCUUAAAAUUCAGAGCUACGCGAACAACAACGAUAACAAAGAUACACAGAAUCAGUUUAAUUCACUUUACUUAUGUUCAGAUCACAACAGUAAUAAAACCACAACACAAAAUAAGGAGCAAAUUCUGUCUUUUCCAGCCUAUUACCUGUACCAUCCCAAAAACUGCCCCCUGCAUAAAGGUGCACCCCCACGGCUUUCCCCCGUAGGUGCAAUCUCACCUCCCCAUAGAUCUGGACCUCCUGUUCCUGGCACAGAUGUUGCCCGACUAUGUUCUCCCCUUUUCCCUCGAAGUCACACCCUUCCUGCCCUUGCUGCCCCCCUUUAUUACCCCUACCUGUACACCCCACCUGUUGAAGCCCCUCUGCGGGAGCCAUCAGUCCCUGUACCUCACUCUCAGCAGACUCCUUCACCACAUACUUUGACUGUUCGCAGCGUCUCAUUUGCUGGCUCUGAGCAGAAAAACGUGGCCUGGAUAGGAGAUGAUGCAAGGCACUUAAUGAGAACUGAAGGGCUGUCUUCUGCAUGCCUGCAGGAAAAGAAAUCUCUUGUCAGUUCAGUCAGUGUGGCAGUGGAGGCCAUUUUGGCUCAGUUCAAGUCAUCUAGGACCCUUGUGCAGAAGUUUUACACAGUAGAUCCGGCUCUCUCUGGAGACAGCAGUGUAAAUCCCUCUCUGGGUCGCCUGGUACUGCAGUGCCUUUGCCCAGCCCUGCGCAGUCUGCUCUGUGAUGGACUCAAACCCCAUCAAAGUGACCUCAUUGCAGGCAGAAGGCCAAAUUCACCAUGGGGAUUGGUUUUAGCUUCCACCAAACCAGGCCCAAGCACACAGGCCUUGCACAACCUUCAGGCUAAAGUAGCGGGGCUUCCCCAGCUUAAGCAGAACAGACACAGGUUCAACGCCUUCCUGUUUGGUCUUCUUAAUAACAAGCUUCUGGAUUACUGGUUUUCACAUCUGCACUCCUGCUGUGAUGUGUUGGAGACUUUUUAUCGGCCUACAUCCUUCAUGCGACUGUCACUCACUUCUUGUCAGCAUCUUUUUGAGGAGCUGCUUCUUCUGCUACAGCCUCUUUCUCUUCUGACCUUCAACCUCGAUCUGCUGUUUCAGCAUCACCACCUAGACCCCACCUCCCCGACUCUCACUCCAGCCAGUCACAGCUCCGAUGUACGUAGUCCGCCAAAUGAAGACUUCAGCUUCUACUUGUCUCCAAAGGGGCUUUUCAAUGGCAGUGGCCAUCAUCUUGGAAGCGUAUUAGAGCAAGACCACAAGGCCUUGGAUUUACAAGGCCCUAAUUCCAAUCCAGGUCUCACAAGCCUGUCCAGUCAUGCUUUUGAUGUGUUUGAAGAUUCAGCCUAUCGCAAUCCUGUUUCAGGUGUCACCAAAGAAGAAGCUAGUCCUCCAUUAUCAUGGCUGAAGGGAAAUGAGAUACCAAUGCAUUUUAGUAGUGAGAGUGGAGCGAGUCUUUCUCAGCAGGCAGGCCAAGCUUUUCAGCAAGGUUGGGGGGCGGUUAUGCGCUUGGGGGAGCGUUUGGGGCAAAACUUCGGUUUGGCCACCUCUAGCUCCUCAGAGGAUGUUAAAAGCCCCAAUUCACAAGAUGACUUGCAGACGGCCUUCCCACUGCAUCCGAAAAGUCCAUUUGAAAACGGACAGCAACCAAGAGAGGAGCUUUCCUUGUGGGAUCGUGGAACAACUGUUCCUUGGAGCUUAGGAAGGCUUUUUGGAGCUUCGAAGAGCCCCAACAACUUACCAACAACAAUCAGACGGCCUUCACAGUGGCUCUCACCUGGGGUAUCUGUUCUUAACCGCUUUGUGAAUCGUGGCCAGGAUCCUCUGUCUGAAAAAAGAGAGAGAAACACAGAUGAGGAAAAAGAUGAAAAUGAAAAUUGCAAGAAAACCAGAGAUCAACAGAAGCCCCUGAGGAUGAUCAGAACACUGUGUGACUACACAGGCACUGGUGCAGAGCUGAGCUUCAGGAAAGGGGAGGAGCUUGUUCUGUUAGGAGGUGUGGACCAUGACUGGAUACAGUGUCGUCAAGGUGACAAAGAGGGCCUUGUUCCCAUUGGUUAUGCUUCACUUGUCAUGUGACUUAUACUUAUUUCCACUUGUAUGUUUGUGUGAAUAUCAGGGGAUAUAGACUACUGAAUAAGGAAAAAGAAACCAUAUUAAGAUGUAGUAAUUCGUAGCAGUGUUAUGUGCUUAUUUGUUUAUCUAUGAGCCUUGUUGCCUGGUUUGUGAUGUCUGAAAUAUUUUCGGUGGUAUAUACAGACACUAUAAAUUACUGUAUAAAUGAUAAAUAAAUCGUUAUAUAUUUACCAUAGACUUUACUAAGAUAGAUAGACAGAUAAACAAGAAAUAGAAGUAGUGAAAUGAAAAGAAUCACGUUAAAAAAAUAAAAUAAAACCAUAAUAUUGUAUUUAUUAUUAUCUGCCAUAACAAAAUGCUUCCAAAAAAGCGCUUAGCACAUAGUUAUCAAAAUACAAAAUAAUAUUUACAAAAUUAUAUUAUAUUACAUCACAUCAAGUCUAUAAAUAAAUAUAACCAAUACUGGUACAGUUUGCACCACUUUUACUAUUAUACCAUAAGAUUAGCCGUAUUUUGGCUUAUUUUGGGGCUGUAUUAGACUGUUUUACUAAAAUUAGUUUAUUUUAUAAUCAAUGAUUUGGUGUUAUUAAAUAUAUUGAGCUAGUCAAUCCAAAAAAUGAAUUCUUUAAAAUAAUUAUAUUUGCUAUUCUGUGAACACCAACAAUUAAUAAUAAAAGAAAGAUGAACACUUGAUUUUGCCUAAAUAUGCCCCAAAAAACAGCAAAAUCUUUCUUUUUUCAAAUAUCAGAUUGGUGUAGCUUUAUAUAAUUUCAUUAUAAGAAUUGUUGUAACUCUCAAUGGUAAUAGUCAAAUAUCUCAGAGCUGUAGUGUUUAGGUAAUAGUUUAACUUUUCUUUACAAUGUGAUGGUAAUGUGGUAAGAUCUGUAUCAUCAUGAGCUUGAUAGUGAUGACUAUGCAUAAUCUGUACUGUAAUAUUUAUGAGGUUUGUUGCUGAAGAAACCAUAUACUGUAUGAUUGAUAGCAUUAAUGAUUUUCUUUUGAAUGGAUAUUCUGUGUUGGUUAAAUACUUUGAAUAAGAGAUCUACAUAUAAAACCUGCAUGAAUGUGUAUGAAUGUGUCUAUAAAUUCUCACUUAAUCAUUAAUACAACUUUCCUUUUCAUUUGUGAGCAUGCAUAGGUACAUAACUCAAAAUUCACACUCUGUGCUAAGGAUAUGGGCUUGGAUUGUAGUAAGAAAGUUCUUUUUUAAUAUGAGCUUGCUUCAUCUAUUAAGUGACACUGUACUUUCCAAAAACAUGAAUAUGACUGUACAACAUUUGUGUCACACAACAGCAACUCCAAAUCAAACGUAUCUUGACAUAAACACUAAAGAAGAAAUGGAGUAUGCACACUAGGCUGCUGUAUCGCACACUUAUUGACUGAUGAAACAGCUGUCAAAGAUCUGGAGAAAGUUGUCAUGUUAAUGUGCUAGAUUGCAUGAAACACAGCUUUAUUUGCUAUACCCCAUACUGAUAAACCUUCUGCUCUAUUGCAACCAAUAGCAGAAAGGCAGAUGGCUAUAAAAUAGCAGUAACAGAAGAAAACCGACCAUUUACAGUAUGUUUAUGUCUUAAAACUGAACCAAAAUAUUACACUUAAUUCAGUUUUUUAUUACCUCAAGUACAGCAGGGGACAUUUGGUAUAUUGCCAUAAGGUACAGUGUAAGACACAUCUAAAAACAUUUAAGACAGAAACGUUGUAAUAUUUUUACAAUAAUUGCCUAAAAGCUUAAUGUCCCAGUUUUAAAAUGUAAGAAAUGUUUGAAAAUGCAAUGAUAGCAGCAACACUGUAAAAAAAAUUUGUUAGUUUAACUUAAAAAAAGUACACUAAAUAUAUUCGGUUGCACAUGAUUGAAUCAAGUUUUCUUAAAAUGAAAAUUAUUUAAUUAUUUAAAUUAAUGUUAAUUUCAUUUUAAGGAAACCUAAUUCAAUCAUGUGCAACCGAUGUCCAGAAGUGUUUUUUUUUUUUUUGAGUAAGUAACCUGGUUGCCUUUUAAAUAUUUUUUGAAUUUAAAUAUUAGUUGAAUCAAAAACAGUAAUGUAAAAAUUGUUGUGUUAACUUAUAUUUUGAAAAUUUUAAGGCAGCCAGGUUACUUACAUUUUUUUAAGUUGAUAAACAGUUUUUUUUACAGUGAAAAGAGAUUCAGUUAUAAUCUUACCUCACAGUGCAAACUGCAAUCAUAAAUUGAUUAAGGAAUUUCACAGUGUGAAAUGUAGAUUUACAAUUGUGAGUUAACAUUUGAUUUGGAGAAAGAAAGAGUUGUUGCAUCAUAUAUAUAAAUAUACAGUAGUGCAUUGUUUGUGGUUAAUUAUAUAAAAUGGCCUGUUUUCUAUCUGUUCCUCUUGUCUAUCUCUCUAUCUAUCUCUAUCUCUUGUUGUGUGUGAGAAGACUUUUGUGUGGUUAUGAGUUGUGUAGCUCUGUGUGAUAUUGCCCAUUGCUGGUAGCACAUUUAAAGCAUAAUAUGUAAUGUACCACACUCCUGAGGUCUAUCAUUCACUGUCAAACAGCUCUAUGCAUGUUGGUGUUUGUAAAUAAACCCAAUAAAACAUUAAAAAAAAUGUGUAUGGCUAAUGUAGUGUGUUGUGCUGAAGUAUCUCUAUGAGAUACAGUGCGUUUUAUA